AGUCAAAAGAUGAUCAAUUCCUAGACAUUCCCUCUCUAGCCACAAUACAAACUCUUCCCCCACCCACUAAGCGACAGACAUGAGACCACCUUUUCUUCUAGCCCCCCACUUCUUUAUAUCCCCUAAUUGCUCUCUUUCUCAUUCAGGUUUCAAACGCAAGAUAAAAAAAUGUUGGGAAAAAAGAUGGGUUCCUUGAAGAAGAUAGCCAAGAAGGUGAAAGGCAUGGGUGGAGGUGAUCAAGAGCAAUCACAAUAUGAAUGCUUGCUAAGAGAAUUUGAGCAAAUGUCUCCUACAGCCUCAACCCCAUCUGGGUUUUUUGCUAUUUAUGUAGGAGAGGAGGAAGAGAGAUUUGUGGUGCCAACCAGCUUCCUGUCUCAUCCACUCUUUAAGAUGUUGCUGGAGAAGUCAUACAAUGAAUUUGGUUUUGAGCAAAGAAAUAAGCUAGUUGUUCCAUGCAGUGUCUCUACGUUUCAAGAAGUUGUGAAUGCUGUAGAAUGUUGUAAUAGGAAGUUUGAUUUUGGAAAACUAGUUGAGGAGUUUCUUUAGAAAAAAAAAAAUGUAGCUUCUUAGUUUCAGGAACUAGGGAAUCUUAACCUAUGCUUUGAGUUUAUAGUUCCAUGAAUUCACUGGACUUGUAGCUCUCCUGUAUCAUACAUAUCCAGCUCUGUCUGCAGUGCUGAUUUUGGUUAUGUUAAUCACUUUGCUAGGUAAAUUGACUGAAUCAAGUUCAAAAGAAACUGAGGUGAAUUGAUUCCUAAGUUCUGGUUUUUCUUAUUCUUGUAAAUAUUGGCAGCAAGAAUUCGGGAUGUGUUCAUAAUUAGCCAAAAGCGAAUUAGUUAGAUUACCAGUAGAAAUCAUUUUCCGAUGGGGCAAAAAGGGAAGAAUGUGGUCAUAAUUAGCUUUGUUCUUUUUUCCAGCCUCUUUGUUUUCAAUAGAUCCCACUUCCUACUUUCUCUGCUUCUUCCUCUCUCUUUCUUCCAUUUCUACAAAUCAGAAACAGGUAAUUUGGAAAUUCAAAUUAAUAGUUUAACUCUGAUAGCCUUUUUUAAUUCACAUUUCAAACUUUGGUAUUUAGGAGCUUGCGCACAUUUGCUGCAUUUAACUUCUGGAAUAGAAUACAAACUACUUUCUCCUCCCAAUCUUUUCUUUUGGCUCUGAAGGUAACAUUUUGGUUCAAGGAACAACCAACCACAUCAAGAAAUCUGCAGCAGAGUUGCAGAACAUUCUGUUGAAAAUUAUUUGAGAUUUAAAAUAUU